AUGCGCUUUGUGCUACUGGCCUUCAUGGUCGCAGGUGCUGAGGCAGGAGCUUGCACCCCCGUGAACUCCUGUCCAAAGCUUUCCGACGGCCUCUAUUGUCCCGUCAACGACGUCACCGAACAUGCCGACAUCAAUCGGGAUGUUAAGCUGGUUAAAGACUACUUGGCUGAGACCCCCCUGAACUACGCAAUGGCCAAGCAGGUGUACACCGCAGGCAACUUCUCUUCCAAAGGGCUGGGAAACAUGCGAACUCUCCAAGACCUGGCGCAGAAGGACAUGACCGUGGAUGGAAAGUACACCAACGUUUUCUACAGCGGUGCCGUCAGCUUGUAUGGCUCAACGAAUGCCGUGUGGCAUGACUACAUUAUCGCGUGCUUGGACGGGACAGGUGUUUGUGAGGGCAAGACGGACUCUUUUCGGCAGUACGUCAUCAACAAGGGACUCAUUGGAGUUGUCACGGCCUACGCCACCUACGAGUUCGGUGCAGCUGUCUGGAAAGGUGAAAAUGGAGAGACGGCGGACGGUCAAGCAGCCUAUGCUUGGGACGAAGGUGCUGCUUUCUACAUCGGCAACAUCGAUCCAGUAAUCGGCGACGGCUACACGGGUUCCGCCCCCGGCAACCUCUACUCGCCCUACGAGUUCAACUGGAAGCGCGACGUCGACUUCCCCGAUGGCACCUCGACACACACGGAGGCCGUGCCGAUUCUGAACUACGGCCUCAUCAACCUGCGUGGAGAUGCCUACAAU